AUGGAAGGCGGUAAUUUGGAGGUUUUAAAUAGUUUUAAAGAGGAGUCUUUCAAAGACGGAGAAUGGAUUUUGGGAGGAGAUUUCAAUGCUAUUAAACAUAGUAGAGUAAGGAAAGGUAAGGCAAAGUUGGUAAACCAUAAUGAAGAGGAGUUAUUUGCGGAUUUUAUUAACAAGAGUUCUUUGGUAGAUAUUCCGGGUAAGGGAAAAAAAUUCUUGAAAGAGUGGAAAAGUUUGAAAGUGGAAGGAAGAGGAGAUUUUGUUUUGAAAGUAAAACUUAGACUUCUAAAAGACAAACUUAGAAGGUGGAACCAGAAAGUGUUUGGGAAGACCGAUUUGGAGGUGGAAGAGGGAGUUCGAGAUUUAAAUUUGGCCGAUGAGAGGUUGAAAGUGGAAGAGGGAGUUCGAGACUUAAAUUUGGCUGAUGAGAGAUUGAGAUGGAUUAAAGAUGGAGACUCAAAUAGUGGUUUUUUUCAUAAGGUGAUGAAACAUAGAAGAAGACUUAAUCAUAUAGGUAUUAUUCUUACUCCAGGUAGGAUGGUGGAUUCGGUGGGGGAAGUUAGGGAGGCAGUUUUGAAUCAUUUUGGGAACAAGUUAAUAGAAUCGAAAGAGGUUAGGCCCUUGUUGGAUGGGGUUCCGUUUAAAAGUAUUAGUGAAGCAGAUGUGAUGGAUCUUGAAAAACCUUUUCUUGAAGAAGUAACAAAGGAGGAAAUUUGA